CUGCGCCGCUGGGCUCCCGCUGCCGCGGCCCCGCAGAAGGCUGGAGAUGGGAAAAGCGAAGAGUUCGACGUGGUGUACAGGUUCCCGGGCAUCAGGUACUGCCGCGUGCUGUCCAGGCUGAAGCUGCUGCAGACCGCGACCACGCUGCUGGUGCUGCCGCCCGUCUGCUACCUGCACCUGCAGCAGCAGCUGCCCCAGGCCGUGCUGCUCUACACAGCCGGCAUCGCCGUCUUUGCUGCAGCGAUGCUGUACGGGAUGAGCUACUUUUUCAGACGAAUUAUCGGGCUGAUCUACUUAAGUGAAAGCGGAAGAACUGUCAAAGUGGCCCACUUGACGUUCUGGGGGAGGCGCAACGACAUCUGCUGUCCCCUGGAGACGGUGAUGACUUUGGAUGAGGUUGGGGAUGCCAGGGGAGAGCUGCUUCUCCGGUUCAGGCGGUAUGACAGCACAGAGAUCUUAUAUUUCACACUUAAAUACGGCCAGAUUGUGGACAGACAGAAGUUUAUGCAAAUAUUUGGAGAGCUGCAGUGAUGCGGCAGCAGAUUGCUGGUGAUGUCGCUUGUUGCAUUGUUCCUUGUGUGGAUUCUUGCGUGACGUAAUUAGUUUAUCAAACUGACAUACUUCUAUCAUUUUCCCAUGUGACAGUAUGUGUGCUCAGUGUAGAAACAGUAACCAGCAAUCCACUGGGUAAGUAAGUGUUGUUGCAGUAGCGUUAUGGGGUGAGCAGUGAGCAGGAGUGCUUCUUUUGGAUGCAGUCAGAGUGUGCAGUGCUGCAGCCACGGCUGGUACCACACAGGACACAGCCACACAGGCAGCGAGGUGCUGCUGCUGCCCUGCACUGUUUCAGCUCGCACUGGAGGUUAAGGGUAAAUGUGACACUCUUUUCAGAGUGAAUGCAGUGACUGUCAGAGCAUCCUCAUUUCAAAUUCACCUGUAGCAAGGUUUAGGUUAGCUGGGAAACUUGUUGAAAUUAAACUGGUCCCAUACAGUCGUAUGAUAAAUAAUGCUAGGUGUCAGAGCGAUACUAGCCCAUGUACUAAUGAGCAGUUAGCAAUUAAUAGUUAUUAUGCUGAAAAGGCUUCCUGACAAUCAUAAAAAAUCAGUGUUAAGGAAACACUACUUGGACCAACUCUCCUGAGUACACAGGGCUGGUGGCUGUGUGGGUGCAAACAGAACGUGGUAUGCAGGGCUGUGUGCUGCUGCACAGCUGAUGUCCGGGUGGGUAAAGGCUGGGACAGCCCUACAAGUGCCUUCAGUGCUAAUUCAUUUCCCAUUGAAAUAAAGGAAGAACACAACAUUCCUCAUAUGUGGCACUAUGAAUUACAGGGAGCCCUUUCUCAGUUCAGAUUUUAAUAAUCAUUAUGUUGAAAUUCGGAACUACUUGUCCUUCUCUGCAUAUAUUCAUGUUGGGGGGUUGUUUUUAGGUUGUAUGUAUGCGUGUCAUUUAAUCACUGCUGUAACACUUGAGUUGCAAAAACAGUAAAUAUUGCCAAAAAAUUAUCUGA